UUCUACAAGUUUUGAAAUAAAUAAAUAACGACGGAAAGUACUAUUCUUAUGUAACAUUACAGAGAUUUUAUUAAUUGCGUCAACAAAGCGCAGAAUAAGCUAAUCAGUGAUCUAAACUAGUGAAUGUUAAGUUACCAUGAAACCUGUGGCAGAUUCUUCACCAGUUGGAGCCGACACUUCGUCAGAUUUUCCAUCAUCAAUUCCCAACGAGUUCCAACAAGUAGCUGGUGCAUCAAGGAAACCCCUUCGUACACCGAAAUGUGCCCGAUGUCGGAAUCAUGGAGUAGUAAGCACCCUGAAGGGCCACAAACGACAUUGUCGUUGGAGGGAUUGCCAAUGUUCAAACUGCCUGUUGGUUGUCGAGAGGCAGCGUAUUAUGGCAGCUCAGGUCGCCCUGCGAAGACAGCAAGCAGCUGAUGUAAAAAAGAGCGGACGGUCGGACAGUGAGACUUCAUCUCCGGUUGGUGAAAAAGAAGAUGCUGCAGUUGAUGUCGGUUUGAUGGAAGACGCGGCUGCAUCACUUCGCAUACGGAGUAAGAACCUCAGAACAGCAAGCUCCCUGACCAAAACAAUAUUAGCGAAUAAAAAACAAGCUGCCCCACACGAGUCUAUUGCUCGCCAUAUUCUUCCACCAAUAAGUGAACGAAUGCGGAAGCGGAGAGCCUUCGCUGAUAAAGAGUUGGAUGAUGCCAUGAUGAGAAGAGAGAUGAAUUCCAGAUGUGGGAUCUUCCCGCAUAAUCCUACCAACAUCGUUGUGCCAGGAAACGAAGCAUUCUUUCAGAAAAGAAAUUUUCUUUCACCAUCAGUACUGAAUGUAAAUAGCGACAUAUCACCAUACGCGGCUCUUCUUCGAGCAUCACAUAAUCCAUAUGUGCUAAAUACGGAGGCUACUGAGUUAAGCGACGGAUUGACUUCGCCGGACAUCACCGUUGAUCACUUGGUCGACCACCAAACAUCUGGUAAACUAAAACUUGAUGUAGAAAGCGGACCCCGAAACAAAAGACCACGGCACUCUAGUAGGCAAAAUGUUUAUAAGUCCAAGUUAUCCAACGAGAGCGAGGUAAGAGAUGCUGCUGUGAAUAAAAACACUGGUGAAACAAAUAAAGACACACCUAUGGGAAACAAUCCAUAUCAAGCGGACACUGCAGAAGGUCGAACACGAAAGCAAAGAAUCAACUUUUUGUCCAUAAUGUUUCCAACGUGCGAUCCCGCAACUCUGGAGAGGGCACUGGGAAUUUAUGAAAACCCAUAUUCGCCUGCCAAUAGUUUAGAUUCAGCAGCAUUCGAUGCUGGAGGUAAAGCUCGGACUGAAGGAUCGUUUUCAUUCUGCAACGACCCGAUGUGCAAUUCAAUUUACCCGAAGUUUUUAUCGUCUAUGCCUCAUCUAAACGCUUCAUGUCCAUCAUCGCGGCACAACAAGGGUAUUAUAGGAGCCACAUAUGACUCUGUACAUGCGGAAAACAUCAAACCAUAUAUAUACCCGUACCAUGCGCUGCCUACACCUAUGUUUGCUCAAAAAAUUCACUUCGAUGAAAGUUGCAAUUCAGAUAGGAUAUUUCCCAAUUUUCGGAGAAUGGACGAUGCCGCACGUCAUAACGAGGAAUUUCGAGCAUGUAUGCUACAGCAAUACACCGCAGCGAUAAACAAUUCUUUGCCAUUUGCCCCAGUUUUUGCAACAUCUAGACAUUUUCCUGUUGAUGCCGACUGCCCAGUUUCAAAAGACAUCGGCCGUUUCAGAUCCGAAAUUGCCUCAAAACUUCAUUCUCGGAAAGAAAUAUUAACUCUUCCCAACAAAAGCGUUACGCUGGCGGGCUGUGAAGAAAUAAAUAAAUUAACUGCAAAACAGCGCAACGAUGCUGUAACACCAAGGCCACAAUUCACGGUGGCAAAAUAUCAGGAUGAGAAAAUAAAUGGAUUAGAUUCUGUGAAACAAGAGAAAAGGUGCAACUUGGAACAAAAUGGAGACGACCCCGACUUGCCUCGCGCUGUCGUAUGUUCUACAGACCACACAACAGAAUCGCGUUAUAAAUGGAACAGUGCUUCUCAACGACGUAUUUGUAAAAAUCAAAGAUCUAAUAAACUAACUUCAUUUACCGUACAGUCAAUUAUGGGCAACGCGAGCAGUUAAAUUAUUUUAUUAUUGUGUUUUCACCAGCGGUGUUCUGUUCCACACUUUCCUUAUUAUUAUAAAUUGUUUCUCGUUUGAAUAAUUACAAGUUAACCACAGGAU